UGUGCGAUUGACGUGUCAGUUCCACAUUUGUUCUUAUUAAUGAUUUGAUAAAGGACUUUUUUUUUACAAAAUUCGUUGUUGUAGUGAGUUCGCGAUAAUAUUUGCUGAAAGAAAAUCAUGAAUCGGCCAGCAAAAAUUGUAAAUCGAAGGACGGCGGGAUGGUCCAGUUUAAUAACAUUUGCUGUUCUUUUGCUUGCUUGGCUUUCAGGAUUUUCAUCUAGAUUAUUUGCUGUAAUACGUUUCGAAAGUAUCAUUCAUGAGUUUGAUCCGUGGUUUAAUUAUAGAGCCACUGCUUAUAUGGUGCAACAUGGAUUCUAUAAAUUUUUAAAUUGGUUCGAUGAAAGGGCUUGGUAUCCACUUGGACGUAUUGUUGGUGGUACUGUUUAUCCAGGCCUGAUGAUAACCUCAGGUGGAAUACAUUGGCUGUUACAUUUAAUAAACAUUCCUGUUCAUAUACGUGAUAUAUGUGUUUUUUUGGCACCAGUUUUUAGUGGAUUAACAGCAAUUUCAACAUACUUGUUAACAAAAGAAUUAUGGUCUGCAGGCGCAGGUCUUUUCGCAGCCAGCUUUAUUGCUAUAGUUCCUGGUUAUAUAAGCCGUUCAGUCGCUGGUUCAUACGAUAAUGAAGGUAUUGCUAUAUUUGCCUUACAAUUUACAUAUUUCUUGUGGGUGAAAUCGGUCAAGACGGGAUCGGUUUUCUGGUCAGCUAUGGCAGCAUUAUCUUAUUUUUAUAUGGUAUCGGCUUGGGGAGGAUACGUUUUUAUAAUAAAUCUUAUACCGUUACAUGUUUUCGUUCUGCUAUGCAUGGGGCGGUAUUCGCCCAGGAUAUUGACAAGUUAUUCGACUUUUUUCAUACUAGGGUUAUUAUUUUCAAUGCAAAUUCCAUUUGUUGGAUUCCAACCAAUUAGAACAAGUGAGCAUAUGGCAGCAAUGGGCGUUUUUGCUUUAUUAAUGGCAGUAGCAUUUUUAAAACACCUGCAAACCAUAUUAACGAAAAGCGAUUUUAAAAAGUUAUUUAUCGCAGGCGCCUUAGUUUCAGCAGGGAUAGUAUUUCUGACAGUGGUUGGUUUAACAAUGGCAGGUGUUGUUGCUCCGUGGAGUGGUCGGUUUUACUCAUUAUGGGAUACUGGCUACGCUAAGAUACAUAUUCCAAUAAUUGCUUCGGUUUCUGAGCAUCAACCGACAACGUGGUUUUCAUUUUUCUUCGAUCUUCACAUUUUGGUAUGUGCUUUUCCUGUAGGAUUGUGGUACUGCAUUAAACGAAUAAACGACGAAAGGGUUUUUGUUGUACUGUAUGCUAUUAGUGCCGUUUAUUUUGCUGGUGUUAUGGUUCGUUUGAUGCUAACUUUAACCCCAGUUGUUUGCAUGUUAGCCGGGGUGGCAUUUUCUUGUUUAUUGGAAGUAUUUUUGAAAGAAGAUAACACCCCUAUCAAAAAUGAAGAAACUGAAGAAUCAUCUGUAGAAAAGAAGAAUUUGUAUGAUAAAGCUGGCAAAUUAAAACAUCGUCCAAAACACGACACUUCUCAUGACACAAAUAAUGGAGUUGGCUCUAAUCUUAAGAGCAUUGUUAUUGUUGCAAUUUUAAUGCUCUUGAUGAUGUUUGCUGUUCAUUGUACUUGGGUAACAAGUAAUGCAUAUUCCAGUCCAUCCAUUGUAUUAGCAUUCCAUAAUAGUCAUGAUGGUUCGCGUAACAUAUUGGACGAUUUUCGUGAAGCAUAUUACUGGUUAUCGCAAAACACUGCUGAUGAUGCUAGAGUUAUGUCAUGGUGGGAUUAUGGGUAUCAGAUAGCAGGCAUGGCUAACCGUACUACACUAGUUGAUAAUAAUACUUGGAAUAAUAGUCAUAUAGCUCUUGUCGGAAAAGCUAUGUCAUCCCCAGAGGAUAAAGCUUAUGACAUUAUGACUGCAUUGGACGUAGAUUACGUAUUAGUAAUAUUUGGAGGAGUCAUUGGGUAUUCUGGAGAUGAUAUUAACAAAUUUUUGUGGAUGGUUAGAAUAGCCGAAGGUGAACAUCCAAAAGAUAUACGUGAAAGCGAUUUCUUUACUGAUCGUGGAGAAUUCCGUAUAGAUAGUGAGGGAGCACCUGCGUUACUUAAUUGCUUAAUGUACAAAUUAAGUUACUAUAGAUUUGGUGAAGUUCAUUUGGAUUAUAGGGGUCCAGCUGGAUAUGAUAGAACUCGUAGUGCAGUUAUUGGAAAUAAAGAUUUCGAAUUGACUUAUUUAGAAGAGGCUUUUACCACCGAACACUGGCUUGUAAGAAUAUAUCGAGUUAAAAAACCACAUGAGUUUAAUAGACCAGCUUUAAAAACAAGUGAUAGGGUCGUAUCAACAAACAAUUACGUUUCAAGAAAAACAUCAAAACGGAGGAAAGGAUACAUUAAGAAUAGACCAGUAGUUGUAAAAGGAAAACGAAACAAUAAAUAGUUAAAAUUUUAAAUAAAUAAAUUUUUCAAGUUUCAUCAGAACAAAAAGAAGAUCUAAGUUGGAAUUAUUUAUUGAAUUAAUAUCAUAAAAAAUUAUUUUUUUUUUUUAUAAAAAUUGAAAUACAAGACUUAUUUCAGUCCAAGAAUAAUAAUUAAUCGGAUUUCUAUUUUAAUAGUAGUUUUAUUAUUAGUAAUAAAUUAAUAGUAAUCAUCGCAAUUUCUGGUGCAUGUUCUAGUGAUUUUUCAUAUUAUAUAAAUACAAAUAUUUUGUUUUUUUUUUUUGUAAAAAAAAAUAACUUUUUUAUAAAUGUUCUAAAUUUCAAAGUAUUUUAUCACAAUCGUUUUUGUUUGAAACUUUUUAUCACAUAUUUUUAUAAUUACGUAAAAAAUCACAGACUGAAAUAAAAUUAUUGUAAUAAAAAAUAAAAGCUUCAAAAAUUAUAUUGCUAAUUUCAGG